UUUUCAAAUUGGAUUGAAUGGACAAGCGCGUGUGGCUUUUGGAUUACGGCGCCGGCAACGUCCGCAGCCUCGUGAAUGCGAUCGAGAAGCUCGGCUUCACCGUCGUCCCCGUGCGCUCGGCUGACGAGCUCAAGCACGCAGAUCGUCUCGUCUUCCCAGGCGUGGGUGCGUUCGGCAGCGCAAUGGCCAACCUCGAGCGCGGCGGAUUCACGCAGGCGCUCAAGGACUACCUCACUGCUGGCCGGCCGUUCUUUGGCAUCUGCCUCGGGAUGCAGACGCUGUUUGCGAGCUCGGACGAGUCGCCAGGCAUCGAGGGACUGGGAAUCAUCCCUGCACCGGUGCGGCUGUUCCCAAUCGCUGCCGACAAGCACUCUGUUCCGCACAUGGGAUGGAAUGGCGUGACUGUGCACAAGCCAUCGCCAUUGUUCCCGGAGAACGGCGGCCAGACGCCGUACUAUUACUUUGUCCACUCGUAUGUCGUGCUCCCGGAGGAGGCUACACGCGAUUGGAUUGCCACAACCACAGAUUAUGGUGGCUGUCGCUUCGUUAGUAGUGUGCAGCGUGGCAAUGUGUUUGCUACCCAGUUCCACCCAGAAAAGAGCGGGGCGGAGGGUCUGGCGCUCAUCGAACGCUUCUUGAACGCGCCUCUGGUGGCGCCGCAAGAGGCUGCUUCACCCACUGUUGCGGACGUGCUUGCACGCACACCACUCACUCAAUUGGCACCUCGCAUUAUUGCGUGUCUGGAUGUGCGCACGAACGAUGAUGGCGAUCUCGUCGUCACCAAGGGCGACCAGUAUGACGUGCGCGACAAGGCUGGCGGCGGCCAUGUCCGCAACCUCGGCAAGCCGGUGGAGGUCGCUCGGCGCUACUAUGACGCCGGUGCAGACGAGAUUGUCUUUUUGAACAUUACGUCCUUCCGAAAUUCACCCAUGAAGGACGUGCCCAUGCUCGAGGUGCUUCGCCUCGCAUCUCAGUCCGUGUUUGUCCCUCUGACGAUCGGUGGCGGCAUUCGUGACACCACUGAUCCGGAUGGCACCGUUUAUUCAGCGCUUCACGUCGCGAACGAGUACUUCCGAAGCGGCGCAGACAAGGUGUCCAUUGGCAGCGACGCCGUGACGGCUGCAGAGGAGUUUCUGGCCAACGGCAGCGUCAAGACCGGCAAGACUGCCAUCGAGCAGAUUGCUCACGUGUACGGCCGCCAAGCGGUGGUGGUUUCGAUCGACCCGAAGCGCGCGUACGUCGCAUCGCAAGCGGAUGUCAGACACCACACCUUCGAGACGGCUACACCCGGCCCAAAUGGGGAGCGCUUCUGCUGGUAUCCGUGCACCGUUAAGGGUGGCCGCGAGACGCGCGACAUUGGCGCGUACGAGCUCGCAAAGGCGUGCGAAGCCCUCGGCGCUGGCGAAAUCCUGCUGAACUGCAUCGAUCGCGACGGCACCAACAGCGGCUACGAUACGGAACUCAUUCGCGACAUCAAGCAAGCCGUCUGCAUUCCCGUAGUAGCCUCCAGCGGUGCCGGUCGUGCAGAGCACUUUUUCCAGGUGCUGCAGCAAACUGGGUGCGACGCUGCUCUUGCUGCCGGCAUCUUCCACCGUGAAGAAGUUCUCUUGCCCGUUGUCAAACAGUACCUCCAGACCCAAGGUGUUGUUGUUCGUCCAUGAUGCAAAAUGAGGCCAAAAAAGAAAAAAAAUUCCCACAAAAAAAAAUACAAG